AGCGUGUCUCACAUGGACUUAGAUGAUGUCUUUGUUGGAAUCAUUGUUGAGCUCAGAUGGCAAGAUCCUCAUGUCAAAGUUACCAGAGAUAUUUGCAAUUUUUUUCGCCGAUCUGGUCGCAUUGGAACCCAGAGUUCAACCAGUCCUUUGCUGACAGGCCGUCCAUUUAAUGGCAAUUGCUUGGACACUACCCCAACUCUUCCUACUCCUCCAAGCCAGGAUGAUGAUAAAUUGCAGAGCCCAUCGCAACUAAGACUUUAUGAUGUAUUAAAGCGCAAGCGCACAGCUCGUAUGCGUACUGGAACGUGGAGAAAAAGUAGACAGGAAGAUUCAACAUCGUCGUCAUUCAGUGAAUUCUUCAUGAAAAGUGAGUUUAUGAUUAAUUUUCUUUGUCACCAGGACAAAUUAGUUAGUAACAACAUUAGCAGUACCGGGAGCAACAGCAGUAACAAGGAAGUGGUUCGUGUGUGGGUCAGAGAACAGGCGCAGCGGCUUAAUCAACUCUACUUCACCACCGAAUUGCAGGGAGCUUCCCAUCCUGCCCUUAGUGUGUUAAAUAGACUUAUAGCAGCCAUUCAGCAAUUAGAGCAAGAGCCUAACUGUGCCGUUCAGGCACUAAGGGAAAUAAGUAGGAUUGUAACGGAGAGUGAUAUCAGUCCAUUUGAAGUAAUCCACUCCGGGUUGGUUCGUUGUCUGUUGAACUACCUCACUGCCUCUGAAAAUUCGACGCUUUCCUUAACUCACGACGGAACCAUUUUGACUACUAUUGGUGGGCUAAGUAGUAGUACAGAGAAUGGAAGCCCCACAUCCAUCAAUGUAAGCACACCACGGGACACCAGACUCAGGAAUUUCCUUCACGUCUUCCUUGGAUGUUCAUUGAACAAACUAAGCCUUGGCACUGUGGACUUGAGCCAUAUAGCAUUAUUUAGUGCCCUGGUUACAAAGCUCAAUGGGUGUGUCAAUCAGUUGGAGCAGUUUCCAGUGAAGGUCCAUGACUUGCCAGGAACUGCUCUUUCAGGCUUAGGUAGAGGAGGAUCAACGUCUGCCAUCAAGUUCUUCAACACACACCAGCUCAAGGUCAGGAGACACUACAUUAGUAGUUUCUUUCAAUGAAGGCAUUGAUGAGUG